GUUCAGAUCAGAGCUCAUGGCUGCCUCUGGGUAAGACGCAAACAGAGACACGCCAACAGAACCGACAGGAACGUCUCCUCAGCUGACAUGAGGAUCUAAACACCGGGUUUUUCUCUAACUGGACCUAAAGCUCUGUUCUGAUGGAUCCUUCCAGCUCCAGAAUGGUGACUGUGUUCGUCUUUCUGCUGGCUUUGGUCACUUCCAGUUACGGCAUGCAAAGAGCGCCUCGAAUCAUCACCUUAUUAGAGACGGUGGAUGUUCUGCUGGACCACAACGCCACCUUCAUCUGUGAGGUGGAGUCUCGUCCUCCUGCUGAUAUCUCCUGGACCAAGAACAACCAUCCCAUUAUGUACUACGACACUCGCUACCUGAUCAGAGAACAGGGUCAGAUGCUGGUCAUCCCUCAUGUCAGAGAGUCAGAUAAUGGAGAGUAUUGCUGCCUCGCCAACAACGGCAUCGGAGAGCCGGCCAAGAGCUGUGGAGCCCUGCAGCUGAAGAUGAAGCCUCAGAUCAAACGACAUCCCACCAACGUGACCCUCCUGGUAGAAUCCAAAGCCGUGCUGCCGUGUGUUACCCUUGGCAACCCCAAACCAGACGUCACCUGGCUGAAGGACGAUGAGCUCAUCAAGGUCAGUGAGCGGAUUACCAUACUGGACUAUGGCGCUCUGAAAAUCCAUAACAUCCAGAAGGAGGAUGCAGGACAGUACCGCUGUGUGGCCAGGAAUAGCUUCGGUUUGGCCUUUUCAAAGCCCGUCACCAUAGAGGUACAGGCUCCAGCGCGAAUCCUGCGGGUUCCAAAGGAGAAGAGAGUAGCGUAUGGUAGCCAGGUUUCACUGGAGUGUAACGCCACAGGAAAUCCCAUCCCCACCAUCACCUGGCUGGAAAACGGGAAUACUAUUUUAGGUGCAUCAGUGGAGGAGACGCUGGUAGGAGAGGUGAUUCUGUCCGUUCUUAAAGUGACGGUCAAUAAGCCGGCGUUGUUCACCUGUCUGGCCUCCAACAAACACAGCGCUGGAGCUAACACGGUCAAAGCGACGGCAAGAGUCACGGUGGCAGAGUGGAGACUCUAUAAGGGGGUAGCAGGCUACUGCAGUGCGUAUCGUGGAGAUGUCUGCCGCUCAAUCCUGCACGAUGAUUCGCUGGUGUUCUUUAACUCCUCCCACUCGGACCCCGAGGACGCGCAGGAGUACCUGGUCCGGAGCUGGUGGGCGGAGCUAGAAGGACUCAGCGGGUUGUGUAGUCCUGCUGUACGAUCUCUGCUCUGUCAUUUCUCCUUCCCUGACUGCAACCCAUCAGGACUAGGACCUGCUCCCAAACCUGUCUGCAGAGAACACUGCCUGGCGGUGAAGGAGCUGUACUGCCAUAAGGAGUGGUUGGUGCUGGAGGGCAGCAGUUCGGUUCAACACGGCCUCUUCAGCUCCACCUCUGGGCUUCAUGCUCCUAAUUCUCUGCUGCCCAACUGCCAGGCCUUACCCAGCCUCCACACCGACCCUGAAGCCUGCACAUACGUUCCCUUUGUAGACAUCAAGAAAGACCAAAUUACAAGUGAGUGUGUUUAUAUCCAGUCAAUAAUAAUCAAUGGAUGCGUGAUUUAUUAAAAAACAAACGUUAGAAGUAGCCUCUCAUGAUGUCCCUUCUGCUGUGUGGUACCAACAGCAGCCUGCUACAGUGACCGAGGUCGUUUCUACCAAGGCGACGUUAACGUGACGAGGUCUGGGAUUGAGUGUCAGGCCUGGAGCCAGCAGGUUCCCCACCAGCAUCGCCUGUCUGUGGACGUCAUUCCAGAGCUGAAGAACUCAGAGAACCACUGCAGGAACCCAGGAGGAAUCAGCGACAAGCCAUGGUGUUACACUUCUAAUCCUAACAUCCGCUGGGAAUACUGCUCUGUUCCUCAGUGUGGAGAAAUCAGCACAGCAUCAGUGAUGAAGCCUGAGUCUCCAGGUCCUCCUCAGACUCCUCGCUUCCCUCCCUCCACCACAUCUUCUCCAGCCUACUCCAUGUCUGUCAUCGUCAUCGUCCUCACCUCGCUCGCUACUGCCGUCUUCCUCACCAUCAUCAUCCUCGCCUGCCGCAGACGGAGGAAGCAGUGGAGGAACCGGAAGAGAAAUCUAGAAACCCCCACGCUGAGCACUCUUCCAUCCGAGCUCCUCCUGGAUCGACUCCAUCCAAACCCCAUGUACCAGAGAGUCCCUCUGCUGCUCAACUCCAAGCUGCUGGCCCUUGAGUAUCCAAGAAAUAACAUCCAGUAUGUCCGAGACAUUGGAGAGGGAGCGUUUGGACGGGUGUUCCAGGCCAGAGCUCCAGGCCUGCUGCCCAUGGAGUCCUUCACCAUGGUGGCUGUGAAGAUGCUGAAGGAGGAAGCCUCAGCCGACAUGCAGAACGACUUCCAGAGAGAAGCAGCGCUCAUGGCCGAGUUCGACCAUCCCAACAUUGUCCGACUGCUCGGUGUGUGUGCGGUGGGUAAACCCAUGUGUCUGAUGUUCGAGUACAUGGCCCACGGCGACCUCAAUGAGUUCCUGCGUCGCCGGUCUCCCACCCAGUCGGUGAGAACCCUGAGCAGAGCCAGUCUGUCGGGUCGCAGCUUCUCCUCAGACGGGGAGGCGGGACCUCUGUCCUGUUCGGAGCAGCUGUCCAUCUCCAAGCAGAUUGCUGCAGGAAUGGCCUACCUAUCAGAGCGUAAGUUCGUCCACCGUGACCUCGCCACACGGAACUGCCUGGUUGGGGAGGAGAUGGUGGUGAAGAUCGCAGACUUCGGCCUCUCCAGAAACAUCUACUCGGCCGAUUACUACAAAGCCAACGAGAACGACGCCAUCCCCAUCCGCUGGAUGCCCCCAGAGUCCAUCUUCUACAACCGCUACACCACAGAGUCGGACGUCUGGGCCUACGGCGUGGUGCUGUGGGAGAUCUUCUCCCAUGGCAUGCAGCCGUACUACGGCAUGGGUCAUGAGGAGGUUAUUUACUACGUGAGGGAUGGUCACAUCCUGUCCAGUCCUGAGAACUGUCCUCUGGAGCUGUACAACCUGAUGAGGCUUUGCUGGAGCACACACCCAUCAGACAGGCCCAGCUUCAGCAGCAUCCACCGGAUACUGGAGCGGAUGCACCAGAACAGACUCAGCAUGAACGCUGAACCUGAGGCUGGCUGCUGACUUUAACAGACAUGUUUGUUUCUGUGGAGAAAAUAAAAGCAGUGGGUUGUGAUUUGGUUCCUGGAAACCCUUUAAAGAACCCUGACUCUGAGCCCAAACACACCAAGAGGAAGGUACCAGAUAGUCCUCUUCCUUCAGGUGACUCAGUCUGAACCUUUACCUGUUUGUUUCACUAAUAUGUCCUCUUUCAGUAAUUCAGGACUUUACUUUCUAACCAUUUAUCCUCACUCUGGUGUUUUAGAAAAGAUGUUAAACGUAUGAAUGAACAGCCUCUAAAACUCAACCCAGAGUCUGAAACCUUAAAACUGGAGGAUCUGAAGCCAAACAUGCAGAUGUACGAGCUGCAGUCAAAAAGUCUGCACCUGUAAACUGUAAAAACUGUAUCUGUCAUCCUUUUUUAAAGUAGUCAGCUUGUGCUAUUGCUCCAGGUAGUCCUGCCUCAUGUGGACCCCUCCCUGAAAGCUCCACCAUGUAAAGGUGUCAGGCAUCACCUGUGUAAAGUACUGACCUAACUUCUACUGCAUUCUGGGGAAAAGAAAGAUGUUUCCAGGGAAUCCAUUCUGUUGAGGAACAGUUGUAUGGAUGUGAGCAGACAUGUCCUGAUAAAACACACCACAGUUCAGGCUGUUUGUUCUCAGAUGUCUUACAGUUUAGCAGUAGAACUUACUGCAGGUUCUUCCACUGUAAAGCCUCUCAUCACCAGGGAUCAUACCCCGUAUUAAGGAUGAGAACAUGUGGAACAUAACAUCACACAGACAGUUGUUGUUCACACGUGUUCAUGCACAGCAGGAACAGAAUUAGUCUGAACUUUCUGAUUGCAUCUCGUACGUUUUCCAUUUCUCCACCAUGUCUGCAGUAGAAGCUUCAUCCACUGCAUGUUAGAUUGUUGGAGGUUUUUCUCCUUUAACAUGAACCUUGAAGCAGGUUUGGUGAAAGCUCUGACUGGUUAGAAUAUGACCAUGCUUUAACUGUCCCAGACAGACGCAGGAUGUUGAAAGUUGUUCCUAUCAUACGGUCAGGUAAAGACAGUCACUUCUUCUGUUGUGUUAGACUCAGAUCACAUCUACUGGAGCUGAUUCCACAGCAGCACACAAUCACUUUAUAGCUGCUCUUCACCGUUUCACAGACACAUGCUAUUCCAUUUUGGGGCAUUCUUGUUCUAUUUGUGUUUUAUUGAUCUUUUUCUUUGUUGUUUAUUCUUGUUUGACAGGCACAGGUUAUACCGGUUUAUUUCCAGAUGAAUUCUUGUCAUUAGACACACAUUUAGUUUAAUUAAAAUUAUGCAGAGCUUCAUUAUCUGGAUCCAUUCCUGGGCUUUAAAAUAGACUCUUAGUGAGAGAAAAAUGAGAAAACAUAUCCUCCCUGUGAGGAACUAAAUCAUGAAUGAGUUUUCACAAAGAUAGAAACUGAAUGAAAUCCAUCAAACUUUUCAUUUCAUCUGUUUUAAGUUUUAAGUUCAGCAUCAACACUUUACAGCAACCAGGAGAAAAGUCCUCAGCAGAGGUUUCAAUCUUUUAUUUCUUUUUGUAUCUGGUGUGAUGUUAUACUUUUGUUAUGUUCCAUAAACAAUGAUGUAUUUUUUUGG